UAUAAGUGUUUAGUAGUUUUAGGUUAGAAAAGGUUUAGAUAGAUUGUUUAGUAAAUCUGUUAAUAGCAAUACAAUUUUUAUUUAUCAAUUUUUCAUGCUUUGUCAGACGGUUUCUCAUACGACUGUAAGACGUUUAGAAUUUUUUGAAGAGUAGGCUGAAGCAGCUUUUCUGUGGCCGUCCGAGUUAAACAAUGCUUCAAAGUGCGGCUGUUCCAUUACUCUGUUUGGUGGUGUGUUUCCAUCAAGCAGUUGGAGGUGAAGCUGUGAGGAGCGUUAUUGGUUAUAUCAGUGAGUCAGUUGUGCUGAGGUCAGGAGCUGAUCCAUUAUGGACUCUUAAAACUAUCCAGUGGUCGAUCUAUGAGAACUUUACUUACAUUGCAACCUUUGACAACAAUGAAACUAGUGAUGAUAGGUGGCCACAAUUCAAGGACCGACUUGAGCUCAAUAAAACUUCAGGAGAUUUAACAAUUAAACAUUUAAAGUCUGGAGACUCUUUGGCAUACACUGUGACUCUUGAAGGACAACACAUUACAGAACAGUUAUCCAACACUCUCCAGCUGUAUGUUCGAGGACCUUUCCCUGGGCCCAACAUAACUCUGCUGCACAGUUUGCUGGAUGAAGGGACAUGUGUAAUCAAGCUUAGGUGCUCCCACAAUAUCAGUAACAUUUCUCUCAUGUGGAAACCUGAACAUGUCUUUAAUGAGAGAUUCUGGAGUGACCCUCCUAAUGUCACCAGGGAGUCAGAGUUGUGGACAGACUUCAGUAACAGAGAUGUAACCUUCUUCUGCAUUGCUACUGAUCACAAUCUCUCUAAGUCGAGCCAACUGAGAGUGAAAUGUCGUGAGACAGGUCCAUCCAAGAGCUGUUGCAUAUGGUUGAUUCUGAGCGUUAUUUGUUUAUUUUUUGCAAUAUUAUGGAUAUUUAGAGGUCACAUCAGGCAAUGUGUUACAGCCUCUUGGAAUUUCAUGCAAACUAACAAUUGUCCAUAAUUAUAACAUUUCUUUGGUUUGAUUAAAUUUAAGAAUACAGAUGUUAUUGUUGUUAUAAGUUUCAUGUUAUUGUUAAUGUUAUAAGUUGUGAAUAUAAUAUUAUGCAUGUUUUUUUUACUUUGACCAAUAAAAUAAGGACAAGUAUGC